CUGCUGCUUCCGGCCGGUCGGGACACGUCACUCAUUCACGGAGGAAGAAACCGAGCAAGAUCCACAACAGACACGUUUCUGCACACUUUAACCUUUAAUCAUGUCGAAUUCGGUGCUGUCGGUUAUCUCCCGGUUUCUGGAGGAGUACACCGGCACGACGCCCAACAAGCUGAAGGUGGUGGACGCGUAUCUGCUGUACAUCCUGCUGACGGGAGCGAUGCAGUUCCUGUACUGUCUGCUCGUGGGAACCUUCCCGUUCAACAGCUUUCUGUCGGGCUUCAUCUCGUGUGUGGGCUCCUUCAUCCUCGCAGUGUGUCUUCGAAUCCAGAUCAACCCUCAGAACAAAGGAGACUUCUUGUCCAUUUCCCCUGAAAGAGCCUUCGCUGACUUCCUGUUUGCUAAUACGGUCCUGCAUCUUGUUGUGAUGAACUUCAUCGGCUGAAACGGGCGUGCAGCAAACUCAAAACUGAUCAUAGAAGUGGAAGUUAUCAAAAACCCCUCUGAACGACAUGAUGCGCUCUUGAUUUAUCUUUUUUUUUUUUUUUUCAUUUUUGAAUGAAUGAUUUGGACAGAAACCUACCAUCAAUACUGAAUACGAUGCAUCACCUUACAUUUGUUGCAAUAUGGAUUUCUUACUGAUAGAAUGGUUUGGGUUUUUUUUUGUAAAGCAUUCCCUCUUUGUACUGAGAAUUAAAUAAAACCCUGUAAUGGUGAAAAUGUGA